CUUCGCGCGGACCCCAAGCGCUCGACCUCGCGCGGUCGACCUCGCCGCGGCGGCGUCGCAGCGGAAGCAGCCAUGGCGGUGAUGCACAUGGCACGACAUGCCAUGCCUCAUGGAGUUGAUGUGCGGCCAGCCUCACCCAUGUAUUUGACUCCUCGGUCGCAUUCGCCGCACGCGCACCUGCGGAAUCUCAUGGUGCCUCCAGGGCAGAUGAUGACCCAGACGCAGCCAGCUGCUUUGCAGCUGGGGCAGGUGGGUUCGAUGCCUGCGCCUGCCAUCGCUGCAGCGGUGGCGAACUUGAUCAGCAAUGCCAAUGCCAGUCUUCGUGACGAGGGCCGGGGCGGCUGUGCGGGAACCUCCCCGCAGGAGGCGGAGAAGGACCGGUCCAUGGAGGAGACCAUGAAACCCUUGUCCCAGAUCUACAACGAUCGCACGACCGGGCUGAUGGGGUGCCCCUUGACCGUGCCCAAGUACUCCCAGCGCUUGAAGCACUCGGAGAGCCCCCCACCCGAGCGGCGGCGCGUCAGCCCUCGCCCCGCACCACAGAAGGACUUCGACCGAGCAUGGGAGCGAUGUCAUCAAGACCUUUAUGAGGAUGCCUUUGCACGGCAGCAGCGGCUGCGGGACAUGCAGUCCUAUGUGAAGCAGAUGGAGGAGGAUAAUCACAAGGACCGCAUGAUGAAGUGUCAAGAAGGCAUUAAGCAGCGGCGGCGGUAUUACAGGGGCCGUGCGGUGGAGAACAGUCACCUGGAGCGCGAAGAGGAGAACUUGCGACGGCGGCAGGAGCAUCAAGCCAGGUCGCUGCAGGAGCAGCGGAUGCGAGAGCUGGAUGAGCUCAGAGGCUGCACCUUUCGGCCCUGCUUGGUGAAGAAGCUGAACUCGUCGCCCACCACGCCACGCCUGGGAGAGCGCCCACCAGGCUCUUCUCCUCGACGUUUGCGCUUGGGAGCCACUACAGACGAUGUGGGCAGCGUCAGCGGCUACAGCGUGGAGUACACCACCACGCGGCUGCAGAACCUCGUGGAGGCUCAGCAGGAUGCCUAUGCAAAGCUCCAAACAUUGGCGGAAGAAGAAGGCCCCUUGAAGGAGCGCCUCCGCGGCAUUCAUGGGGAGCUCCAUGAACGCAUCCAACGGGAGGAGACCCAACGCGUGGUGAGCAUGCUGCAAGAUGCAGACUCGGGAUCCUCAUCACAGAAGGAUCUAGUCCAGCGUGUCCGAGACAUGGUGGCCCAGGGACAGGACCCCGAGAAAGCCCAGCAGCAGAUCGUGGAGGAGCUGGUGCUCCAGUCACAGGACGAGGUGCGUCGCCGCGUGAUGGAGCACUUCGGGCCACUGCGCUUGGAGGCGGAGGGGGAGCUCUAUAGCCGGCAACUGUCGGUGGCUCAUGAGCUGGAGUCUUUGGAGGCGAAGGCCAUCGCUCUCCAUGGGGGCACGCUCUGCGAAGAGGCGAAGCUGAUGGGCUUUGAUUUCAACUUGGCAGCACAGGUGCGGCAGAACCUGCGACAGGUCGGUUUGCCACGCAUGAGUUCGGCGAUGUCGCGCGUCGACUCCAGCGUCAGCAGCCAGGUGGAGGUGGCACGCGCACCCUCGACGGGGCGGAUGCCCAAGGUGGACAGCCCGGGUUCGCCGUGGCGUGGCGCGCGGAACCCUGCGGCCGACUCCACGACCGCGCCAGAGGCCGAGAGCUUGGAGAGUCCCCGCGCGGCGCCGCUGGCGGCGCAGCACGCGCAGGCGACGGCGCAAGCGCUGCAGGGCGCCUUACGGAAGGCGGACUCCUCGCCCGUCAGGAGGCUGCAGCUUGGGCAGCGGGUGAUUUUGCCCAACGGAAUGGUGGCCGUGGCCAUGCCGUCACAGGUAGCCCAAGCAGAGGCCGUUCAGGCCGGUGGUGUGGGCUCGCCGCGGCGGUUGAUGCACAUGAUGACGGCGCCCUUACCCUCCAAGGUCGAGUCCCCUCGAAUGGAGGCAGAUGGCUCGCCACGGCGGCUUCAGAUGUCCAAGUCCCAGGAGUUCUCCCCUCGACGCUCGCAAACGCUGAGCUCACUACAGGAGGCAGAUGCCUCACCACGGAGACGAGUUCAAAUGUCGACCCCAGAGGUGGAAAUCAUCCCCGAUGGAAGCGCUCCGGGAGCUCAGGCCGAAAGCAUCAGCCCUCGACAAAGUAUGGCCAGUUUGGCCUCCUUGGGCAGCUACCAGGCACCACCCUCGGGGGCGACUAGCCCUUUGCAACAAAGCCGUGAAAGCCAGAUCUUGGUGAACAAGGUCUUAAGCGCCGCCAGCAGUCGCGCUGACAUGCAGGUGGCCGUUCAAGCCGUCCAAUCAACGGCCAGCCUCGCCGAGAAGGAGCCUCCCGACCACCCGGCGGCUCCCGCCGCCCAGCUUCCCAACGGCUGGAUCCGGAGAGAUCCAGAGGCUGAUGCGCCUGGUGCCAGCUUGGGUGGCAUUGCCAGGCAGUUCUUAGCCCAAAGCCAGCCUCAGCUGCCACCGGCACAGCCUGCGCAGGUGCAACACGCGCAGCCGUUGCCCUUCGCCUCCUCCGUGCCCACGCCGCGGCCGCUCCCGCCCGGCAUGGCCGCCAGCUCCGUCAUGCCCCAGAUGGGCCCCUGUGGCAUGCCACAGGUCGGCUCCAUGACGCUUCCUGCGAGGCCGGUGCCGAUGAUGAGGCCGGCGCAAGCCAUGCAGUCGAUGCCACAGAUGCCGAUGCAGGCGAUGACGAUGGGCCAAUUGAACUCGCCACGGCUAGCACCACAGAUGCAGAUCAGACCUCCACUGAGGCCGAUGGUGCCCAUGGUGCGACCCAUGUGAGCAAGCGGCCGCUGACAGCGGCUGCGGUGGUGGUGGGCAAGCGGCCCAUAUGCCAUCUCAAUCAUUGGUGGUCAUUGAAGGCCUGUGCGAGCUUGGUGCCCCCAACCUAGAUCUACCCAUGAGCCAUGGCAGAACGGACCUGCCGCCACUAGCAUUGACAAGUCCGCGUUGGC